AAAAGGUAGAUAUACACAUAGUAUAUAAUAAACUGCUAAAUCCUUAAUAUCAUUUUCUUACUUUCUUCUAAUUUCUAGUGUGUUUAUCUUCUUUUUACGCGAGAAAACUCUUCAUGCAUGUUUGUGUAAUUAUGCAGCAAAGAGGAUAAAUUUAGUAUAAGAGAAAAGAAAAUUUGUCAUUCUUGAAACAAUCAAUUGCAUUUUAGACUUUUAGUCUUAACUCUCUAGGUAUAUAUGGCAUUUGUGAAACUUGGCUCUAAAUCUGAGGCAUUUCGUCGCGAAGGCCAAGCUUGGCAUUGCACAUCAGGCCUUCCUAGUGAUGUUACAAUUGAAAUUGGAGAAAUGUCCUUUUAUCUACACAAGUUCCCAUUGAUAUCAAGAAGUGGACUACUAGCAAAGCUAAUUAAAGAAUCAUCGAACGACGACGGAUCAGUUUGUGUUCUGCAGCUCAGUGACAUACCUGGUGGUGCUAAAGCAUUUGAACUAGUAGCAAAAUUUUGUUAUGGUGUCAAAUUAGAACUUACUCCUUUAAAUAUAGUUAGUCUAAGAUGUGCAUCAGAGUAUUUGCAAAUGACAGAAGAAACUGGAGAUGGAAAUCUCAUUACACAAACAGAAGUUUUUCUUAAUGAUGUUUUUGGGAAUUGGACAGAUACUAUAAAAGCUUUAGAAACCUGUGAAGAAGUUUUACCACAUGCUGAAGAACUUCAUAUAGUUUCAAGAUGUAUAAAUUCCUUAGCAAUGAAAGCUUGUACUGAUACUAAGUUAUUUAAUUGGCCUGUUUCUGAAAAUGGUCAAGAGGGUACCACAGGCGCGGAUAUAUGGAAUGGUAUAAGCGCCGAAAAGAGGACACAACCCUUGACAGAUGAUUGGUGGUACGAAGAUGUGUCGUUCCUUAGCUUACCUCUUUACAAACGAUUGAUUCAGGCGGUUGAAGCCGGAGGAAUGAGCCCUGAAAAUAUAGCAGGUGCACUUGUGUUUUAUGCCAAGAAAUAUAUACCUUUGAUGAAUAGACAAGCAAGUUUUAAGGAUGCUACUAGCCAUACUAAAUCAGGAUCAACAAUUUCCACUCCAUCAGAGGCAGACCAAAGGGUACUUCUUGAGGAGAUAAUGGAAUUGCUACCAAAUCAAAAAGGAGUAACAGAAACCAGGUUUCUUCUGAGGCUGCUCAGAACUGCGAUGAUGUUGCAAGCAAGUCCAUCUUGCAGAGAGAAUUUGGAGAGAAGAGUGGGAUUGCAAUUAGAUCAAGCUGCUCUAGAUGAUGUGCUAAUACCAAAUAUGGGAUAUUCAGUGGAGACUUUAUAUGACAUAGACUGUUUUCAGAGAAUUCUGGACCAUUUUAUGUCAAUAGAACAGGCUUCUUCUGCAUCUUCUCCUUGUAUUAUGGAAGAAAGUCAAUUGAUGGAAGGUUCACUUCCCUUGACUUCAUUAACAAGGGUGUCAAAUCUGGUGGAUUCAUAUCUCGCGGAGGUCGCGCCGGAUGUUAAUUUUAAGUUCCCAAAGUUUCAGUCUCUUGCUGCUACAAUCCCAGAUUUCGCUAGGCCACUUUCUGAUGGUAUUUAUCGUGCCAUUGAUAUAUACUUGAAGGCACAUCCUUGGCUCACAGACUCAGAAAGAGAGCAAAUCUGCAGACUAAUGAAUUGCCAGAAGCUGUCAUUAGAGGCUUGUACACACGCUGCUCAAAAUGAGAGGUUACCUCUUAGGGUCAUAGUUCAAAUCUUGUUCUUUGAACAACUUCGGCUACGAACAUCAAUAUCAGGAUGGUUUUUUGUCUCUGAUAAUCUUGACAACUCCCAAAGUAGUAUUCGUGGAGGCAACCGUGACACGAACACAGCAAAUGGUAGGGGAUCAAGCAUCAACGAUAUGAGGGAGCGUGUUGCAGAGCUAGAAAAGGAAUGUAACAGCAUGAAACAGGAGUUUAAAAAGGUGGUAAAAACAAAGAAAAGGUGGAAUGUGUUUUGUGGGAAAAAAUCUCAGUGUGACUUGAAUACAGUAAAGCCCUGUAAAAUACAACCUCCACCUGUUAAUGAGCAUAAAAAUCACAAGAAAGGAGACUCAAACUGAAGGUGGACGUAGUUAUUACUGUGUGUUCUUCUUUUCCUGCUAUCAGGACUUCUUUUAGUGUUAUUAUGGUAGUAUUAUGUAUUAUGUAUGUUAUGGUUUGCACUCGUCCUGAUAUUUUACAAAUUUUUAA